AUGUUUGGGUCGUGGAUGUUACAACUAGUCCCUAGCGGCGCAGAUUUCAAAGAGAAAAUUAAAGUCCACCAAUCUUCUUGAAGCGUUUUUAUUUUAUUUUUACACCAUACGAGGAUAAUACUAGAAAACACUCUGAAUUUGGAGCUAUUUACGCAUUGUCAAUGCCACUGAAAUCGAUCUACCGGUAGGUAGUACGUGAACUCGCGCCGCUUAGUUAAGACGCUUGUCAACCGAACACCUUUUUUCGCAGGAGAACAAGUAUUUGGAAGAGUUGUUUUCCCUGUUCGUUUACGAACUCUUCAUAAUGAUUACAAAUAAAAUACUAUAUCGAUGAUCGACCCCCCCCCCCAUCCCCAUCCCCCCAUCCAUAAAUAAAUCCAACACCUUGGAAAAUGGACAAAUUCGGGGUGCGUCUACCAAACGGGGAAGUACCCAAGGAAACGAAGGGUAAAGAAAAGGUGUAUCGACAAGCAACUAUUGAGUCUCUACGCAGAGUGGUGGUGAUUGAAGACAUUGAAAGGUACAAGUCCAUGCUGGAACUGCCUGGCCAGACCAAGGAGAAUCUGCUACUAGCCCUGGCAGAGCUCAACAAGAAGAUGCCGUCCAAGGAGGUGCUCAAGUCAACCAGAAUAGGCCACACUGUUAACAAGAUGCGUAAGCAUCACCCCGACCCUGAGGUGAGUUCCCUAGCGGCUGAAGUGUACACUGUAUGGAGGCGCUUCAUUGAAGAGCACUCCAACAAGCCCUCCAUAGAAGUACGCUGUGACAAGCAGACUGAGGGACUGAGGAACAACGCCAGGAGAAUGUUGUCUGAAGCUCUGGAAGUGGAGACAGACAGUGGUCUGGUGGAGAACAUAGAGAGAGAGGUGUUCCACCAGAGUUCUCGGCUGGUCAGCGGCUCCUACAGACGAACUAUCAGGAAGCUGGUCUUCGCCCUCAAACACCAGCCAGAGGUCAGGGGUCAAGUCAAGGAGAGUAAGAUCCCAGUAAACCAGCUGGUGUCCACCCACAAGAAGUAAAUGCACUCUGUUCAGAACCUUCUCUAUGGAAAAAAUAUCUAAAAGGGUUCUUUGUGGGUAUAUAUAUAUACAGCACACACUGUACCGGUCGAAUGUUUGGAAACACCUACACAUUCCAGGGUUUUUAUAUUGUAGAAUAAUAGUGAAGACAUCAAAACUAAAGUAUGAAAUAACACAGAAUCAUGUAGU